AUGUCUCCCUCCCGCGUCAGCGACCACAGCGAGGACCCGCUCGCGACUCAGGCCUCCACCAAAUCCACCCUGCGCUGCUUCGGCAAGAUGAACACCUCCAUGAUCGAGUCCAAGUUCCUCAGCCACCCAGAAGAUCUCGGCAUCGUCGCCGUCGGCUUCUCGGGCGGGCAGGGCAAGCCGGGGGUGGACGCGGCGCCCACGGCGCUGAUCGAGUCGGGCCUGCUGACGCAGCUGCGCGACGAGCUGGGCUACAACCUGCACGGGCACGACGCCGUGCACCUGUACCCGGACCUGGUGGCCACCUCGGCCGACCAGGACCCGCCCCACCGCGGCAUGAAGAACCCGCGCUCCGUCUCCGCCGUCACCCGCCGCAUCGCCGACCAGGUCUACUCGCACGCCCGCGAGGGCCGUCUCGUCCUCACCCUCGGCGGCGACCACAGCAUCGCCAUCGGCACCAUCGCCGGCAGCGCAAAGGCCGUGCGUGAACGGCUCGGUAGGGACAUUGCCGUCAUCUGGGUCGAUGCGCACGCCGACAUCAACACCCCCGAGACCAGCGACAGCGGGAAUGUCCACGGUAUGCCGGUGAGCUUCCUGACGGGGCUCGCGCGGGAGGAGAAGGAGGAAUUCUUCGGGUGGCUGAAGGACGAGCACCGGAUCAGCGUGAAGAAGCUGGUGUACAUCGGGCUGCGCGACGUCGAUGCCGGGGAGAAGAAGAUCCUGCGGGAGAACGGGAUCAAGGCCUUCAGCAUGUUUGACAUUGACAGGUGA